ACCAGUUUGCAUGCCUACGGCUGAUAAGCCGUGAGAGUUCUCCGGUAGAAAUGCAAGGCUUGUGUUGCGGUUGUUUUCCAGUCGGAAUUGGCUUUACAGAAAACGGAUUUAAUUUUAUUUGAAUGUGAUGAUAUCUGUGAAGUUGAUGUGAAACGAUGGGAUCUGGAUCUAGUAAGGAAAAGACAGGUAGGGUCGAUACGAGGGGAGGGGGUUCAAAACCAGUCGCUGUUGCUAAUGUAAAUAACAACGUAUCCAUAAAGUCCACGACGGGUCAUUCCAAAAGCGGAACCAAUACGGACACCGGAACGACGAAUCAAUCACCGUCGAAAUCACCCGUUAAAGACUCAAAUGUUGAAAAAACUACUACGGAACGUUCUCCAAGUAAGUCAGUUAAAACUGACAAAAAACCCGUCAGUAAACUGGAAUGGAAUAGUGACUCCGACCUCGACGACGAUGACUGGGACGACUUCCUCGGAAAGACGACUUCAAAACCAGUGCCCAAACCGGACUCUAAAGUGUCACAUGGGGAACAAGAGCAGACCGCGCAUAACGAAAUGAAAACUCAGGAACUAUACCCAGAGACCUACGCACAACGCCACACGCGGCAACAGUACACAUUCGGACAGGAUAGGUUGAUUCGAGAGAAGACGAUCUACAGGAACCCAGACGACUGGGGCUUUGACGAGGACAAGGAAGAAGUGACGGAAGUAAUUGAGGCAACCAAGGGGUUUGAUGCCUCCAAGUUCCGGGCUGCGAACCAGGGAAAGCCUGUUCGAGAAAAGGACAUUUUCUCCACUCAAGACGAGUUUGAGACGCCUCGAUAUCUCCGGUCCAGUGAGCCAGAGGAACAACAGACGACCGUUAGCCAAAAGCCCACACCGAUGGUGCUCCCCCAAUACAACAAGGAGGAGGAAGACCUGAUGGCCCAGUUGAUGGAGGACGAUGAUGACUUCUUCCCUCAUCAAGCCAUGCACCACUCCAACAUCAUGACGUUCUGAGUUCCAAUCUGUCAACAGUCUAUCUGGCUGGGAAUCCUGAGACAGUUCACUCUACACACUAAGAAGUACAUUCGAGCAGAGGGCUUGAUGCACUUUUGUUAUCGGCAUCAAAUUAAUGUAUGCUGAAAAACUACUUUGGUGCGUUUCAGAUUCAGUUGUGAUUGCUGCUAUACAAACAUUCAAUCAUAGAUUCUACUGUAACAGAGACCUGCAUCACUUCGGGCUUUCCUCCCACAUUAAGCUGACACACCAUGAUAUAACUGGAAUACUGUUAAAAACGGCGUUAAACCCAACUCACUCACUCACUCUACUGUAACAGAUUUACUGUCAACAUGUUGAGAACAAUGUCCAGUAACUCUGUGCUGAGGACAACCCUCUCAAUGCACAUUGCAAGUGUGGCGGCCAUUUUGAAUUUUCAAGAUAUAUCAAACAUUCUUUGCUGCACAUGGGGGAUAUGUUCCAAACAAAUAACAGAGGUAGAAACCAACAUUUUUAGUCCACUAGUCCUCACAAUAACAUAUAGCAAAACCCUUAAAAUGGCAAAUGUCUACUUGUCCUUAUGAUACCUUAACUAUUGGGUUUUCCAAGGACUACACUUCUAGUGCCAAUUUCUAACACUGAAUUAAACUGUUCUCAGUAUUUCAGCUGAGGAGACUCAUAAUAUGUUACCCAAGUGGUUGUUUUGAGAAACCAGUCAGUUUGAGUUACAACUAGAUGACAAAUCUACAACUACUACACAGCAAUGACCGUACCACCCAUCUAACCCCUGGUGAAAACAUUUUUAUGAGACCCUAUUGGGUUUAUUUGUUAUUUUCAUGCCUACUCAAUUUGAAAAAUGCUGUGAUUUGAGUCUCUGUUUUAUCGUCAAUUAAUGACAGACAUAUAUACAGACAUUGUCUACCAUCACUUUUGUUUCUUAACUUGGUGAGUUAGGUAAUUUUUAUUUUCAGUUUUAUAGGACAAGAUGCAUGAGCCACAAUCAUAAGUCCAUUACAAAUAACUGAACAAGUUUAACAAACUAAUAACUUAUAUUACAAAUGCCUGUUGGUCAUAUGUUCUUUUGUUUUAUUUUCAUGAUGUAAUGAUAUGUCAAACUAUAUAUUAUUUAUCAUCCACAAAUAAUCUUCCACAGGAGAUAUCAGCCAUAUCAGAUGGAACAGCAGACCAUUGUGACAUCAUCGGUUACCAUGACAACACUAUCAAAUGACAUCACCAAUGCAUCUGCCACUGGUUAGGUGUUCUUGUUACACUCAUGACACUGGUUAUUACUAAAAUAAAAUUGGGAGAAUGUUUUUGAUGAUAAAUAGGAUUUUUCCAUAGUGUCUUUUGAUAUAAAACGUAAAUUAAAAUUUAAAACUCUGAGGCAUAACCUGUUCUGUUAUGUUUUAUAUCAAAUGACACUUGAGCGAGAUUCGCUCCUUCCCAACCCCUGCUGGACACAAGCACAGUGCCUGAGAGAAUGUUGAAUUACAGAGCAAUAUUCCAGACAAAUGUUGGGCAUCAGAUCUUACAUUAGGACUUUCCAACAUUGAGAGGAUUAUUUCAGUCAGGGUAUUUUCAGCUGGAUCACAAAAUCAAUUUUGUCAUCUUCAUUCUUUCUCGGACCCGUGUUAGAAUAGGUCUUCAGCAACCCAAGCUUGCCGUAAAAGGCGACUAUGCUUGUCACAAGAGGCGACUAAUGGGAUCAGAUGGUCAGGCUUGUUGAUGCAUGUCA